AUGUUCAAUAGUAUUAGUCAUCGUACAUUUUCCAUCAUUCGCCAGUGUGUGAAACCAGCAUUCGCUAUGCAAAUUCAGAAUGCAUCGACAAAAGUGCGAUUUAAUUAUGAAGAUCCAUUUGAUCUUGAAUCUCAAUUAAAAGAUGAUGAACGAAUGAUUCGUGAUCAAUUUCGUGGUUAUUGUCAAGAAAAAUUAAUGCCAAGAAUUAUCCAAGCAAAUAGAAAAGAAAUUUUUCACACGGAAAUUAUGCGUGAAUUAGGUGAUCUCGGUGUUCUUGGUCCAACUAUUCAAGGUUAUGGUUGUGCUGGUAUUUCCUAUGUUGCCUAUGGCCUAUUAGCACGAGAAAUCGAACGGAUCGAUAGUGGUUACCGUUCGGCGUUUAGUGUUCAAUCAUCUCUUGUUAUGUUUCCGAUCAGUGAAUUUGGAACAGAAGAACAAAAGCAAAAAUACUUACCAAAGCUCGCAACUGGUGAAUUGAUUGGUUGUUUUGGUCUUACUGAACCAAAUCAUGGAUCAGAUCCAGGUUCAAUGGAAACACAAGCACAUUGGGACGAAAAAAAACAAGUCUAUGUAUUAAAUGGCACUAAAUCAUGGAUUACUAAUUCUCCUAUUGCGGAUGUUGCCGUUGUAUGGGCUAAAUGUGAUGAUAAAGAAAUUCGAGGAUUUAUUUUAGAACGAUCUAUGAAAGGUUUUUCAACGCCAAAAAUUGAAGGAAAAUUUUCAUUACGUGCUUCGAUUACUGGACAAAUUGCUAUGGAUGAUAUUCAAGUACCCAAAGAAAAUUUAUUACCAAAAGUGAAAGGCUUAAAAGGUCCAUUCAGUUGUUUAAAUAAUGCACGAUUCGGCAUUGCAUGGGGAACAUUGGGUGCUGCUGAAUUUUGUCUUAGUGUUGCUCGUCAAUAUACGAUUGAUCGAAAACAAUUUGGUCGACCAUUAGCACAAACUCAAUUGAUUCAAAAGAAAUUUGCUGAUAUGUUAACUGAAAUUACUCUUGGUCUUCAAGCAUGUUUACGUGUCGGUCGAUUGAAAGACGACAAUAAAGCAACACCUGAAAUAAUAUCAUUAAUAAAACGAAAUUCAUGUGGCAAAUCACUUGACAUAGCACGUCAAUGUCGAGAUAUUCUUGGUGGUAAUGGAAUUUCAGAUGAAUAUCAUAUUAUUCGACAUAUGAUGAAUUUGGAAGCUGUUAACACAUAUGAAGGAACUCAUGAUAUUCAUGCACUCAUACUCGGUCGAGCUAUCACUGGUUUACCAGCUUUCAGUUCAUCAACAGCCCAAUAA